AUGGGAUGGGUACUGGCAGGGCUUGGGCUUGUUGUUCUACAAGUCAUCUAUUCCAACACCACACCAAAUAAAUGGCAUGCGACAGAAAGCCAACCAGACAUAAUUGUAUCCCCAGCCACAACCAAUUUCACACCUCCCUUCAAAACUCAAGGCCGACAUAUCCGGAACGCCGAUGGUGAACCGCUCAAACUCGCUAGCAUAAACUGGUACGGGGCCAGCGAUAUCAACUUCAUUCCAUCUGGCUUGGAUGUGCGACAUCGAGAUGAAAUUGCCCAGUUGAUCCGCCGCUUAGGAUUCAACAGUGUCCGCCUCCCUUACGCAGAUAAGAUUGUCGACCAGGAUCCCGUGGUAAAUUCAUCGAUGAUUGCGGCCAACCCAGACCUGUUCCUGACAGCCACAUCCAAUGGAAAACCACGAGCCCUAGAUGUCUACCACGCCGUGGUGGAAAGCUUGACAGCGGCUGGAUUGCUUGUCAUCGUGAACAAUCACAUCACGCAGGCCACAUGGUGCUGCGGCAUUAACCCCUGUGACAUCAUUUGGCAUAAUGACUGGCUGGCAGGAGGGCGCUUCUGCCGUAUCCCCCAAAGUGAAGACAAAUGGAUCCACAACUGGGAAACGGUGAUGAGCCCGCUGGCAAAGAAUCCACUUGUCCUUGGUGCGGACCUGCGAAAUGAGCCUCGCGGGCUCUGGGGCACAUUGAACUGGAAUGACUGGGCGACAGCGGCUGAGAAGGUCUCAGAACGAUUAUUCGCAAUCAACCCGUAUUGGCUGAUGAUAGUGGAAGGUAUCUCAUCAGCGAACGACCUGUCGGGCGUGCGAUCACGACCGAUCAAGUUGAGCCGACCAGCUCAAGUGGUGUACUCAGCGCAUGUGUACAUGUGGUAUGGUUGGGGUCAGUUGUACCCAUUUUCCAAGCGCUCGUAUUCGGAGUUUGCGGCAGAGAUGAAUAAGAACUGGGCUUACCUGUUGUUCGAGGAUCUUGCCCCUGUCUGGGUCGGGGAGUUUGGGGUCCCUGGUGAACUCUCAGUUGGUGGCCAGAACUACUGGAGUCACCUCGUUCGAUUUCUGGAGGUUUCCGAUGCAAGCUGGGGGUAUUGA